AAUACCAAGAAGUUUUGGGCCGAAAUCCGUAAUCUCCCUAAACUCGAAACCACAACAUAUAAUAUUAGUUUCAUCCCAAACAUUACUCGAACCGGCAACAUCUAAACUUUACCUAGAAUUUUUACCAAUUGAACUAACAAUACUUAGUAAAAAUUCCUAAUCUCAUCCAUAACUGAUGGUAUAAAAAGCAAAGGUAGGUCGUCUUUUUUCUUGCCUACUGCCUAGCCAUUACCCUCUCUCUCUCUUUAUAAUAAAUAACAUCACACAUCACUUACAUUCACUCUUCACAAAGAUAUUAUAGAGUGUGAGAGAGAGACACUCUUGUUUCAUCUUCAACUUCCACUACCUUUGCAAGAUUCUACCUGAGAUAGAUGGCGAAGUUCCGACAAAUGGGUUCAUCAAUCUUCUUCCUCUUUCUUAUCAUAAUCUCAUUAUGUUCCGCCCACAAAGAAGCGUUUUCUUCAACUGAUCUUGUUCAAAUGGAGUGCUUGAGAGUCCCACCGUUAGAGUUUGCUGAAGCGGCCAAAACCGUCGUCGACGCUAUAACAAAAGCGGUAGCUAUAGUGUCCAAGUUCGACAAGAAAGCCGGGAAGUCGCGAGUCUCCAAUGCGAUUGUUGAUUGUGUUGAUCUUCUUGAUUCUGCCGCCGAAGAGCUUUCUUGGAUCAUCUCUGCCUCUCAAUCCCCCAACGGUAAAGACAAUAGCACAGGAGACGUGGGUUCGGAUCUAAGGACAUGGAUAAGCGCCGCACUUUCUAACCAGGACACAUGUCUUGACGGUUUCGAGGGUACUAAUGGAAUUAUCAAAAAGAUAGUGGCCGGUGGUCUUAGCAAGGUUGGUACGACCGUUCGGAAUUUACUAACGAUGGUUCACUCUCCUCCCUCUAAGCCCAAACCUAAGCCCAUUAAGGCCCAGACAAUGACGAAAGCUCAUAGUGGCUUCAGUAAGUUCCCCUCAUGGGUUAAACCCGGUGAUCGGAAGUUGUUGCAAACUGAUAACAUAACGGUUGCUGACGCGGUUGUAGCCGCAGACGGGACCGGAAAUUUCACGACGAUAAGUGACGCGGUGUUGGCUGCACCGGACUAUAGUACCAAAAGAUAUGUCAUACAUGUAAAAAGAGGUGUGUAUGUAGAGAAUGUGGAGAUUAAAAAGAAGAAAUGGAACAUUAUGAUGGUUGGUGACGGCAUCGAUGCCACCGUGAUCACGGGUAACCGGAGUUUCAUCGACGGCUGGACUACUUUCCGAUCUGCUACAUUUGCUGUGAGCGGUAGAGGAUUUAUUGCACGCGAUAUCACCUUCCAAAACACAGCAGGACCGGAAAAACACCAAGCGGUCGCAAUCCGAUCCGAUACGGAUCUCGGGGUCUUUUAUCGAUGCGCGAUGAGAGGUUACCAAGACACUCUCUAUGCCCACUCAAUGCGUCAAUUCUUUAGAGAAUGCAUUAUAACAGGCACUGUAGACUUUAUAUUCGGAGACGCCACAGCAGUAUUCCAAAGCUGCCAAAUCAAAGCCAAACAAGGCCUUCCAAACCAGAAGAAUAGCAUCACGGCUCAAGGACGUAAGGAUCCAAAUGAGCCAACCGGUUUCACAAUCCAAUUCAGCAAUAUAGCAGCUGAUACCGACCUACUUCUAAACUUAAAUACUACGGCUACUUACUUAGGUCGGCCGUGGAAACUAUAUUCUAGGACGGUGUUCAUGCAAAACUACAUGAGUGAUGCAAUCAACCCCGUAGGAUGGCUUGAAUGGAAUGGAAAUUUUGCGUUGGAUACAUUAUAUUAUGGUGAGUAUAUGAAUAGCGGACCGGGGGCUAGUCUUGACCGCCGUGUUAAGUGGCCAGGAUACCAUGUGUUGAAUACUUCGGCCGAGGCUAAUAAUUUUACAGUAUCUCAACUCAUACAAGGGAACUUGUGGUUACCAUCAACUGGUAUCACGUUCAUUGCUGGUCUAGUCUCGUAAAUUAAUCAUGUUUGAUCGAAUUCUAAUAUUAUCAUUUGAUAUAUCAUUUCUAUUAUACUAAACGUUAUAAUUAUGUUUCUUGAUGUUUUCUAUUUUGUAUAUGGUUUUGGUUAAAUUAUUAUUAUUAUUAUUAUUUUGGUGAUAUUGAACUACAAGUUCUCUACGUUUGAUAUGUAUUUAAUGAGUUAUUUUACUCGUAGAAUUAAAGUCAUAUGUCAACCACAUUUUUCUACCAUUGAUCUUCAAACAAUGGAUUUUAUACAUAAUAUUCUUUUCC